UUCGUCCGCCGCCUCGACGGAAGGCCACAGCGCCGCGUUCCAUUUGACUCUUCACUCCCUACCUGAACGACUGCGCGCGACAACUAAACACGGGAAAGAACCAAUGGCGGGAUAUUAUUUCCCUGACACACACCAGUCGCUAAUAACGCACGGUGGCGAGUCAGUUCACGACUAAACGCUCACGCACGGGUUGCUGAGAGGAGUUUACGGUAAACUAUUGGAUCGCAGCCGAGCCCACCCAGUUGGUGCUGCGUUCAAAUGCGGGACAAUCGUGGGAACUAAUAAACGGUGUCUGGGGAACCUGAAGCCUGGAGCCUCGCUCCUCUGAACCGGACGGCUGCGAUCCUCAGACGUUCCCGCAGAUCAGGAGGGUUCCCGCUUCUUCCAAACAGAACCGCCAAACACGUGCUCCGAGGAGGCGCCGCGAGUAAACAUCCUUUUGUACCACCGUCCCUGAACGCAACACACAAUGUCUUCGCGUCUUCUUGCAACAUAUUCGCCUCCAGUCAUCUGGGAGACCGAAUGUAGCCCGACACGCCUCGCUCCAAUCCAGGUAAGGCUGCGCUCACACGCGGCGGGAGGUCUCGGCUCGGGUCACAUGAAGAGUGUGGCGCUCGGCAGCUCGGCUCGGCUCCUCUCUCGCUCUCUCUCGCUCUCUCUCCCUCUCGGCGGCGGCAGCAGCAGCAGCAGCAAGUGCGGCCGGGGCCGCCGCUGCUCCGCCGUUAGCCUAGCUUUCACCUGCAGCCGCGACAGACUCCCGAGGUCUGCGUGACUCUUUGGACCCGGCCCGACAGCAGUUGCUCACCUGCUUCCCGGCGAGUGACUGGAGGUGGGACGGGGCGACGGAGAGGAGGCGGCAGCUGUGGGACCGUGACCUGCCCAAACAUGCCUCACUGUGGACCCAGCGAGGCCGCCUCCAAGGUUUCCGACCCGCAGCACUCUCAGAAGCUCCUCCGCGUGCUGCGCGUCUUCCGGCAGGAGCAGAGCUUCCAGGACGCUGUGCUGGUUGUGGACGGUCAGGAGCUUCCGGUGCAGAAGAACAUCCUGGCUGCUGCCAGCCCCUACAUCAGGACCAAGCUGACCUACAACCCUCCCAAGGCCGACGGCUCCCCCUACAGGAUCGAGCUGCAGGGCGUCUCCAUGGCCAUCAUGAAGCACAUUCUCGACUUCAUCUUCAGCGGAGAGAUCAGCCUGAGCGAGGACACCAUCCAGGACAUGGUCCAGGCCUCAGACCUGCUGCUGAUGACCGACCUGAAGCUGCUGUGCUGCCAGUUCCUGGAGAGUCUCAUCACAGCUGAGAACUGUCUGGGCAUCCGGCUCUUCUCCCACCACUACUGCCUCAACCACGUCCACCACGUGGCCACCGACUUCCUGCAGACCCACUUUCGGGACGUGUCGCAGACCGAGGAGUUUCGGGAGCUUCCUCCCGACCGGCUUUGCGAAGUUCUGUCGAUGGAGAAGCUCAACGUGGGCAACGAGAAGCACAUCCUGGAGGCGGUGGUGCGCUGGUGGGCCCAGGACCCGGAGGAGCGGCGGGUCCACCUGCGGGAAGUGAUGUCGUCGGUGUGGCUGCAGGGUCUGGACGCCAGUUACCUGAGGGAGCAGGCGAUGGGGGAGCCGCUGAUGCGGGAGCUGGUGCGGGACUUCUGCCAGACCUCGGCUCAGCUGCAGGGAGCAGACCUGCUGUCGGCCUUCAAACCGCGCGGCUACUCCGAGUGCAUCGUGGUCGUGGGAGGCGAGGAGCGCACGAGCAGGAGAGCUUCGGCCGCCAUGCGCUGCAUGUGUCCGCUGUACGACGCCAACAGACAGGUGUGGAUCCACCUGCAGCCCAUGAGCGUGGCGCGACUGGGUCACGGCGCCGUCGUGGCGGAGGGCUUCCUGUUCGUGCUCGGCGGCGUGGACGAGAGCAAGCGGGUUCUGGACUCGGGAGAGAGAUACGACCCGGACUCCAACAGCUGGAGCGCCAUUCCCACCAUGCUGCAGGCGCGUCAGAACUUUGGAGUGGUGGAGCUGGACGGGCUGAUCUACGUGCUGGGCGGAGAGAACCAGGACGGCGAGCUGCUGACCGUGGAGAUGUUUGACCCACAUUCCAACAGCUGGAAGACCCAAACCAGCAUGACCAUGAUCCGCAAGGUGGGCUGCUACGCUGCCAUGAACAAGAAGAUCUACGCCAUGGGCGGCGGCUCUUACGGGAAGCUUUUUGACUCGGUGGAGAGCUUCGACCCGAGGACGCAGCAAUGGACGGGCCUGUGCCCCCUGAAGGAGCGCCGCUUCGGGUCGGUGGCGUGCGGCGUCGGUCAGGAGCUCUACGUGUUCGGCGGCGUGCGGAGCAAAGAGAACGAGAACCCGGCCGAGCGGCAGAUGCUGACCUGCAAAUCGGAGUUCUACCACGACGAGAUAAGGAGGUGGAUGCUUCUGGACGACCAGAGCUUGUGCAUCCCGACCAGCUCGUCCUUCGUGUACGGCGCCGUGGCCAUCGGCGGCAGCGUCUACGUGGUUGGGGACCUGGACACGGGCACCAGCUUCGACUACGUGCGUGAGUUCCGGCGCAGCUCGGGGACGUGGCACCGCACCCGACCCAUGUUGCCCACUGACCUGUCCAAGACGACCUGCGUCGCUCUGCGCUUUGCCAACUGCCGGCUGUUCCGCCUGCAGCUGAGCCAGGGAAUGUUCCGCAUCCGGGUGUGAGGGUCGCGCUGGGGGGUGCCUGGGAACUUUGGGGCAGCUGAGGAGAGACGGUCAGGUUUGUCCAGUUUCUUCGCGGUUUUGUGCAAUAGCAGUUUGAUCUUAACCAAGGCGGGUGGUGGUCCGUGUUUUUGAGACUCACGACGACAGAAAACCCAGGGAAACAAACAUGUGGUUUUACAUGAUGAUGUUUCAGUCCUCACUCAUUCAUCCCUUCACUGCUUCACCGCUCGUCCCUCACUGGCACUUCAGUCACGAGUCGAUGGAGGAGCAAGUCACAACGGACUCCAGAGAAGCUCCAUGCUUUUAGACCAUCACUUGACUGUCCAUCCAAUAAAGUUGUUUUUACAGCUUGCCGUGCUUUGAUGGCUGGUCUCUGCUGGUCCACACUCUUGUGUCCAGGUCAAGAGUUGAAGUCUUCACUAGAGACCCCUGGACCAAGCAGCUCCAGUGUCUGGAGCCUUGUGCCCCCUCCACCUGGGGCUCCCCUG